AUGAAGUUCAACCAGUUUCUAAUAAUACUUUCGCUAUCAAGUAUGCUAAGAGGAGCUAUUGGAGAAGAAGAAGCUCCAAUAAGAAGGGAUUGUCAAGCAGAAAUUGCCUUGCGAGCUAAAGCCUGCAUGUACGAGAAAAAAACAGAAGACUUUUGUAGUAAAGGUCUUAGAUUCUUGUACUUUUUUUUAUUUGCAAUAACUGCUACAUUUUCUUCAUUUCUUUUUGGGCUUUCACUGCACGCAAAAUAUUAUGCAACUGCGUGUUUUUUUGGUGUUGUUUUUCUGGCAAAUUUUGUUUUUAUAAUUGUUUGUGCCUGUGUGUAUAAGUUUUGGGAUAAUAGAUCAGUUGUGCGGUCACCAGUUUAA